AGAUCGAAAAUGGCGUACCUUUUUCCCUUUUCUGCACGAAGUUGACCUUGAAACCAAUCGCCCCAUAAAUACACAAACCCGCAACAACAAUAACGAGCUUCAACGUGAAUCCUCGAUUUGGGUCCCUACCGUAACCAGCUAUGUCUUUGCGCAGACGAACCUUGCUCAAGGUCAUCGUCCUCGGCGAUAGCGGGGUGGGAAAGACCUCAUUGAUGAAUCAAUAUGUGCACAAGAAGUUUAGUCAGCAAUAUAAGGCAACCAUUGGAGCUGAUUUUGUAACUAAAGAACUCCAGAUUGAUGACAGACUAGUCACUCUUCAAAUAUGGGACACUGCGGGGCAAGAGAGAUUCCAAAGUCUUGGCGUUGCAUUUUAUAGAGGGGCGGAUUGCUGUGUUCUAGUUUAUGAUGUGAAUAUAAUGAGGUCAUUCGAUACCCUUGACAAUUGGCACGAGGAGUUUCUCAAGCAGGCAAAUCCUUCUGACCCGAGGAAGUUUCCGUUUAUAUUGCUUGGAAACAAGAUAGAUAUUGAUGGUGGGAAUAGUCGAGUGGUAUCUGAAAAGAAAGCCAAGGAUUGGUGUACUUCAAAAGGAAAUAUCCCCUACUUUGAGACGUCUGCGAAAGAAGAUUACAACGUUGAUGCCGCAUUCCUCUGUAUUGCCAAGACUGCCCUAGCCAAUGAACAUGAGCAGGACAUAUAUUUUCAAGGGAUUCCUGAAGCUGUUACACCAGAGAAUGAACAGAGGGGUGGAUGUGCAUGCUGAGAUGGAAACAAUGAAUAAUUUUACGGACUCCCCCUAAUGUCGUGGCUCAAAUUCUUCAAAUUCUUUUUGCUCAAAUAGUGAUAUUUAUUCCUUCUUGUAUACUGUAUGCUAUGGUUCUGUGAGUAAAUUGUGUUUGACUUUGUGCAAGUGUAGCUUCCACUAUUGGAAAUGUUUCAUUCAGUAGAAUGGCUACAUCACUUUCGGCAUGUAAAAGCAAUGAAUAUACUAAGGUGAAGGAUAACACGCAGAGUAUGAAUUAGAGCAUUUGGAGUGAGUAAA